AUGAUGUGCGAGGUGAUGCCCACCAUCAGCGAGGGGGACCCUCUGGGCCCCCAGCAGGGCCCCGACGCUGAUGCCGACUUUGAGCAGCUGAUGGUGAACAUGCUGGAUGAGAGGGACAAGCUACUGGAUACGCUGCGGGAGACCCGCGAGACUCUCUCUGUCACCCAGAGCCGCUUGCAGGAGACCCUGCGGGAGCGGGAUCAGCUUCAGAGGCAGUUGAACUCGGCCCUCCCACAGGAGUUUGCAACGCUGACACGGGAGCUCAGUGCAUGUCGAGAGCAGCUCCUGGAGAGGGAAGAGGAGAUCUCAGAGCUGAAAGCCGAGCGCAAUAACACCCGGCUCUUGCUAGAGCACCUGGAGUGCUUGGUGUCAAGGCAUGAGCGGUCCCUGAGGAUGACCGUGGUCAAGCGCCAGGCCCAGUCACCGUCUGGGGUCUCCAGUGAGGUCGAGGUGCUCAAAGCACUUAAGUCGCUGUUUGAGCACCACAAGGCACUAGAUGAAAAGGUCCGAGAGCGCUUGCGAGCAGCGUUAGAGCGAGUGGCAGCCUUAGAGGAGCAGCUUGUGGAUGCCCAUCGGCAGGUGGCCACUCUGCAGCAAGGCCCUGUGCGGGAGGCCCCAGCAGGAGAACGGGAUGAAAGGGAGCCCAAGGAGCCAGCACCGAAGCUUCCCUGGAAGCGGCUCUCCAACGGCUCCGUCCACCCCGACGAUGAGGCAGGGCGUGUGGUGGAGCUGCAGGAGCUCCUGGAGAAGCAAAAUUUUGAAGUGGUCCAGGCGAAGGAGCGCAUCUCUGCUUUGGCUGCCAGCGUCGCCGAGCUGGAGGAGGAUCUGGGCACUGCCAGGAAAGAUCUGAUCAAAUCGGAGGAGAUGAGCAGCAAGUACCAGAGGGACCUCAGAGAGGCUCUGGCUCAGAAAGAGGACAUGGAGGAGAGGAUCACCACACUGGAGAAACGCUACCUGGCAGCCCAGCGAGAAGCCACCUCCAUCCAUGACCUCAACGACAAGCUGGAAAGCGAGCUGGCCAACAAGGAGUCCCUGCACCGCCAGGCAGAAGAGAGGCACGGGAGCAUCGAGGAGCACCUCCGGCAGCUGGAGAGCCAGCUGGAGGAGAAGAACCAGGAGCUGGCAAGGGCCCGCCAGCGGGAGAAGAUGAACGAGGAACACAACAAGCGGCUCUCAGACACUGUGGACCGUCUACUGAGCGAGUCCAAUGAGCGACUGCAACUGCACCUGAAGGAAAGGAUGGCAGCUUUGGAGGAGAAGAACACAUUGUUACAAGAGCUGGAAAAUACACAAAAGCAGAUAGAGGAACACCAGCACGACAAGCGACGGUUGUCAGACGAGAUUGACAAACUGAGACUGGAGGUUGAUCAGCUCAAGACCAGAAGUGGGACAUUUGUGGAGAGCGUGCACACAAGGUCCCACAUGGGCAGCACCACAGACCUGCGCUUUCCGCUGAGCACCGUGGUCCAUGCCCCUACUGAGACCUUUGGGACAGCCCCAGGCCUGCCUCGGGCCCAGAAGGGUCGAUUCGCCACGCGGCGAGAGGAGCCAGCCAAGGACUGGGAGCAGGCCCAGGCAGGCAGCGUUCUGGCCGCGGGGCCUCAUGCAUUCGACAGUGACCCCGAGAUCUCUGAUGUGGACGAGGACGACCGUGAGACGCUCUUCAGUUCCAUGGAUGUGCUCUCUCCCAGCGGGCACUCAGAUGCCCAGACGUUGGCCAUGAUGCUCCAGGAGCAACUGGACGCCAUCAAUGAGGAGAUCAGGAUGAUCCAAGAGGAGAAGGAGUCUACUGAGCUUCGUGCAGAGGAGCUGGAGACCCGUGUGACGAGUGGCAGCAUGGAGGGCCUGAACCUCACCCAACUGUGCAAAAGAGCCUCCAUCCCCACCUCACUGACAGCCCUGUCCCUGGCCAGCUCAUCCCCACCACUCAGUGGGCGCUCCACCCCCAAGCUGUCCUCCCGCAGCGCUGCUCAGGACCUCGACCGUAUGGGGAUCAUGACGCUGCCCAGUGACUUGAGGAAGCACCGGAGGAAACUGCUUUCACCUGCAGCUCGGGAUGAGAGUCGAGAGGAUAAAACUACCAUCAAAUGUGAGACCUCUCCCCCAUCCUCACCCAGGACACUGCGGCUGGAGAAGCUGGGCCACCCUGCACUAAGUCAAGAGGAUGGGAAGAGCUCACUGGAGGAGCAGGCCAGCAACCCCAGCAGCAACAGCAGCCAGGACUCCCUGCACAAGGGCUCCAAGAGGAAGGGGAUCAAAUCCUCCAUCGGGCGCUUGUUUGGGAAAAAAGAGAAGGGCCGCUUGAUUCAGCUGAGCAGAGAAGGGGCCACAGGGCAGGUGCUGCUGACUGACACAGAGGUGGGCAUGCAGGACCCCCUGGGACUUGGCAAGCUGGGGGCUCAGGCCGAGAAGGAUCGACGCCUGCGGAAGAAGCAUGAACUCUUGGAAGAGGCUCGGAGGAAAGGACUACCCUUUGCUCACUGGGAUGGCCCAACUGUUGUCUCCUGGCUGGAGCUCUGGGUGGGGAUGCCAGCCUGGUACGUUGCCGCUUGCCGAGCCAAUGUGAAGAGUGGGGCCAUCAUGUCAGCCUUGUCUGACACUGAGAUCCAGAGGGAGAUUGGCAUCAGCAAUGCCCUGCAUCGCCUGAAGCUGCGCUUGGCCAUCCAGGAGAUGGUGUCACUCACAAGCCCAUCAGCACCACCCACCUCGCGGACGUCCUCUGGAAAUGUCUGGGUCACCCAUGAGGAGAUGGAGAAUAUGGCAACUUCCACAAAGACGGACACAGAGGAAGGCAGCUGGGCGCAGACACUGGCUUACGGGGAUAUGAACCACGAAUGGAUUGGGAAUGAGUGGCUGCCCAGUCUGGGCCUCCCACAGUAUCGCAGUUAUUUCAUGGAGUGUCUUGUUGAUGCUCGGAUGCUGGAUCACCUCACCAAGAAAGACCUCAGAGUGCACUUGAAGAUGGUGGACAGCUUCCACCGCACCAGCUUGCAGUAUGGCAUCAUGUGCCUGAAGAGGCUCAACUACGACCGCAAAGAGCUUGAGAGGAGACGAGAAGAGACCCAGCAUGAAAUCAAAGAUGUGUUGGUGUGGACCAAUGACCAAGUCAUUCACUGGAUCCAGUCCAUUGGGCUCCGCGAGUACGCGAACAACCUCGUUGAGAGUGGGGUGCAUGGGGCGCUCCUGGCCCUCGAUGAAAACUUUGACCAUAAUAGUCUGGCGCUUGUGUUGCAAAUCCCCACACAGAACACACAGGCUCGACAGGUGCUGGAGAGGGAAUUCAACAACUUGCUUGCCUUAGGCACCGAUCGGAGGCUGGAUGAUAGCGAUGACAAAACCUUCCGGCGAACCCCAUCCUGGCGAAAGCGCUUCCGCCCACGAGAUGUUCACAGCAUCAAUAUGCUCAGUGGCUCAGCUGAGACACUGCCUGCUGGCUUCCGUGUCACCAGCCUGGUUCCCUUGCCACCUCCAUCUGCCCCUGCCAAGAAAAUGCCCCCAGAAGUUGGUGCCUCUGGGUCGCCAAGACUGGAGACCUCCACAGUCCGGACGUACUCCUGCUGAGGGUCAGCGUGACAGGAACCAGCCCAGCCCUGGCACAUCUGCACUAUCCGUAUGGCCAUGUGCUGACUGCCUUUGGGGACUAGACCAGAGCCCAGCCCGUGCCUGUUCCUUGGCCCAAAACAACAGACAAUGCAGUCCUGCCGCUUUGGGCCACAUGGACUGAAAAGGUUGCUCUCCCUUCUGUUUGUGCACCCACUACUUCCCCUGGCUCCCCAUGGCUGAGCUCCCAUCUGUGGCUUCUCUGCCUACCUUUCCUGCAUCAGCCAGGUUACGGACACAUUUGCUGGGCGCCUGCUCCGUCACUGGCGGAGGUCACGUGAGCUGCAGAGACACCUUGAAAGUGGGCUGUGAUACGUGUAAACCUUUCUCCUGACUGGUUUGUUUGCCAUUACGCCAUCGGCUGCCACGUUGGCUCGCCCUAGCUCCAGGCAUCGGGAACACCACUGCCCAGAGGACUCAAAGAUGAGGAUUCAGGCUCAACUCGGCAUCAAAAUGCACAUGCCACAGCCACUGGGCAAGGAGCUGCCCCCUGGAUGGGCUGCCAUGCUGGAGGGGCCAAGGGGCCAGGGUCAGCACCAGGGUCGGUGCUAUGCACGCCGUGCACAGGCAGGAUGGAGAGGCCCCAGCUGUUGCGGGGGUGAGGAUGAGAGCCAUCUGCCGAGGGGCAGGCAGUCGGGGUGCUGUGUUUCGGGACUGGAUGCUGCUUGGGGAGAGGCUGCGCAUGCACAGCGGGUCCGCGAAGGGCUGCAUGGGGAAGGGCUGGAACCGCCCCAUACGGCUUGCUGCCAGCUGGGACGGUGCCCAGCACCCAUGGGAUAGGGGCCCUCUGUGGGCACCUGGGAGGGGCCCAGGAAAUACCCAUCCCUUCCUCUCUGGGUGCAGAGGAGAGGCUCUCCCCUCCUGCCUCCAGGCUACAGGCAGGAAUCAAUCCAGGAAGCUCUUAAUUCUUCCCAUUUCAUCCUCGUAGGGUAGGAUCUAUUCAUCUCCUCAUGCCACGUUUGCCUUGUGUGGCCCCUAUUUCUGAUGUGAUAUUUAUUGAUGGCUGGAAUGACCUAUACUUAUCAUGUGCUGUUUGGAAGUGCAAUAUCUGAGAGGCUAUACAGUCACGAUGUCUUUUCGGUGUAUUAUUUGCCUAAUACAGUAUUAAAUAUUUUUUUAAUUUGAAGAGUUGGUGA